AUGGCCAAGAGUGCACGUGCGAGCUCGCGCAAGUUGAACAACCAGAAGCUCAAGAAGAAUGUGUUUGGGCCCGUCGAAGCAGCCCGGACGGAACGGCUGUCGGCCAAGCUGAUGGAGCUGGUGGCCCAGCAGCUGCCGGUCGCCAAGGAGGUCGAGGGGGCCAAGGAGGCAGGCGCCGUGGAGGCUGUGGCUGAUUCGACGCCGAGCGCCCAGCUGCGCGACGAGAACACCGAAGGUAUGGAUAUGAACGGACCGCUGCAGCGAUCGGCUUCGUGCCUGGCUAACGAGGCUGCAGCCAUGGACGUCGACUCGGCCGCCGCCCGCGGAACCGGUGCGGGGACGAAGCGCAUCGUCAAGCGCAAGGUCAAGAAGGGCUCAAUCGUCUUCCGCCGAUACAAGGACCGGUCGCAUCGCACCAUCUGCUUCUUGGCAUCCAUUCCUUUGGCAGCAGCAUCUGCACGCCGCGCUCUCCUCUACUGCCACGAUGGUCGCGCAGCCGGCCGCACGCACGCCUCCCUUGGCGGUCCUGCUUCUGGUCGUGGCCAAUGCUCUUAUCCCGCUCUCGCUGGCCGUUCUUUUGGCCAGGGCUUCUUCCCGUACAAGCCGCUGCUGCCGGGCCUGGCUGAGUAUGCCGACCUGGGCUAUGGCCCGCCGGCGCCGGCGCCGUUUGACCGUGUCAUCUUCAUGGUGGUCGACGCCCUGCGGAGCGGCGAGGCCGUCCCGUUCACGGCCCUUGCCAGCUCGCCGACGGUGACGAUGCCGCGGCUCAAGGCGCUCACGACCGGCUCCACGCCGUCGUUCCUGGACGUGGUGCUCAACGUGGACGAGGGCGACCGGUCGUCGUCGCUGGCGUCGCAAGACACAUGGUUGGCACAGAUGCGGGCGCGUCAGCCGGACCAGAAGCUGCUGCUCUAUGGCGACGACACCUGGCUCAAGCUCUUCCCCGACACCUUUGACCGGGCUGACGGGACGACGAGCUUCUUCGUGUCCGAUUUCACCGACGUCGACCGUAACGUCACGCGUCACGUUGCCGGCGAGCUGGCUGCGGCCGACUGGAGCGUACUCGUGCUGCACUAUCUCGGCCUCGACCACAUCGGCCACAAGGGUGGUCCGCACAGCCCGCACAUGACUGCCAAGCAGCGUGAGAUGGACGACGUCGUGCGCCUCGUCUGUGACGCCCUCGCCUCUGAGCCGCACCUGGCCAAGACCCUUCUCGUGCUCGCCGGUGAUCACGGGAUGAACGAGGCCGGAAACCAUGGCGCCUCGUCAGCCGGCGAGACGUCCCCGGCCCUGCUCUUUGUGGCCCCUCGGCUGCGCGUCCUGGCUGGUGACAACGACGGCCGCCCUGCUCGCACGAGUCCUCUGGCCGACCGUGACGACUUCCACUUCUACCAGACCGUCGACCAGGCUGAUCUGGCCCCGACCCUGGCUGCCCUGCUGGGCUUUCCUGCUCCCCGGAACAGCCUCGGCACGCUCAUCCCGGACUUUUUGCCGCUGUGGCCGCAGCGUCGCGACCGCGCCCAUCUUCUGCUGCAGAACGCCCACCAGAUGCUGGCCGUGCUGACGGCCGCCUUUGGGCCGACGCCCUUUGAGCGCCGCGACGACGCCACAGAUUUCCGCGACUGUGCCGAUCCGCGAUCGGAUGACAUCACCAGACUCGGCUGCUCGUGGCAGGAUAUCGUGCGCCAUUCUCCCGGUCCCGAGGGCGAUCUGGACGGCGAGUGGACGGCGCAGACGAUCGGCUGGCUCCGGCUGGCUCAGUCCACCAUGAGCGGCAUGGCUAGCGACUAUGACCUGGUCAAGCUGGGGCUUGGGCUCGCGGCUGCAACGGCCAGCGUCGUCUUGGCCGUCGGAUCGUCGGUCCUGCUCGGGUCUGGUCGUGGUGGCAUCGCGGCCGUCGUGACGGCAUGGGUGGCGACCGUGGGACUGCGCAAGCUGGCUGCCAAUCAGAAAGAUGUGCUGCCGCCUGUCGUGGCCGUGGUGGGAGCCCUGACGGCAUUUCGGCUGGUGCGGGCUUGGAACCAGACGGGCCAGAAGUUUGCCGGCGCGCCAGACGUGGCCAAGACGUUUUUGCAGCCGCAGCCGCAGCUGUUGUGGGCUCUUGUCGGCGCUACAUAUGUGCUGAUCGGCUGGCGGCUGGCUGGUAGUCUGUGUUCGUCGCGAUCGCAGGCCGUGGUGGUCAUGCCGGCUGUCGUCCUGCUGGUGGCCCUGGCCUUUUCAUUCAAGCUGGCCUUUGCGCUCGAGGACUCGCCCGAGCUCGUCGGCGACGCCGUCCGGCCGCUGGCCGACCUGUUUCGCAGCACCAGCACGGUCGUCAAUGCUUCUCUGGUGACGCGUGCACGCAUCGUCUUUGUCGGCUUAUCCAUAGCCACGUCCGUGGUCGUUGUUGCUGGCCGUCAGGCUGCCAUUGCUGCCGGCCUUCUGCACGUCUACUCGCUGCUGGCCGUCACGCAGUCGCGGCCCGUCAACGUGCCGCUCUUUCUGCUAUUUGACGUCGUCUUUCGCUUUCUGGCUCGCCAGCAGGCUGAACUCGCACCGGCUGAGCUCACCACGGCCUCGCUGCUGCUGCAGACUGCCUCCUUCUUCGCCCUCGGCGGCACCAACGCCAUCUCCAGCGUUGACCUGUCGUCUGCCUACAACGGCAUCACUACCUUUUCCGCUCCGGCUGUCGGCCUGCUCAUCUUUGUCAGCAAUUGGGCCGCCCCCAUCUAUUGGGCUCUGGCUGCCGUCGUCCUGCUUCUGCAGCAACAAAAACAGAGCCCUGCCCUGCUCUGGAUCCGCCACGUCGCCCUGCUGACCGUCUUUGCCGCCGGCAGCACGGCUGCUGUCAUGGCCGCCUGCGCUGCCAUGCGCACACACUUGUUCGUCUGGACCGUCUUCUCGCCAAAGUUCCUCUACUGCACGGCCUGGAGCCUGGGCAUGCACUUGGGCGUCAACGUCGCUCUCGGCGGGCUGCUGUACGGACUGGGGAGGUGA